GAAAAUCAAAUUGGCAGUGGCACCUUUCUUUUACUGUCGUGGCACCAGCUUGUCACAAAUGGGAAAAACAGACAGAGGGAAUUAAAGUGAGAGCGGGAGAUUCAUGGGGUUUAUCUGCGUUAUUCAUGUAAACUAUACGCAUUUCAUUGAUUCAUGCAUAGAGAGCUUGCAUUGUAACAGGACACAUGGCUUCCCUCACACCUAGAUUAACCACUAAACAAAAACAGCAGCUCUGUGCCUUGUUGGGUAAUGUGAAUCUGACUCUUCUCUACAAAGCAUCUGUUCAUGGAUAUAAUGCUACUGCUUUCCACCAGCGCUGUGACCGUCAGGGUCCAACUUUACUCGUGGCCUACAACUUUUCAGGCUACAUCUUUGGUGGAUAUACGAGUAAAGAUUAUACUCAGUGUGGUAGGAUUAUAGCUGAUCACGAGGCUUUCCUCUUCAACUUUCCUCUAAAUGGUGGUGUCCCUGUCUCCAUCAAAAUAAGUAAUGGGAGUCGUGCACGUCUUGAUGACUCUGGAGUGCCCAACUUUGGUGAAGAGUUGUACUUUAUGUAUAACAAUCAACCUUUGGUACAUGAUGAUGAAAAUUUCGGAUAUGCAAGUUUCACGUUCGAUUUUGAUCCCUUAACCAUGUAUGGAAGCGACUCUCAGCUUCGAGAAUGUGAGGUGUAUAAAGUUAAGAAGAUUGUCUCACAGGUCACUGCAGGUCCGAUCGAAGAGAAGCCAUGGAGAAAUAUUCUGUGGAUACCCGGACAAAAACAAGACCUCAUGAAGCGCAUCAAAGAUCAUAAACCCCUAGUGUCCUCUGUGAACCGGGUUCGGAUCCUAAUGAUCGGUCCUGUAGGUGCUGGAAAGUCCAGUUUCUUUAACUCCAUCAACUCCAUCUUCAUGGGUCGCAUGACCAACAAAGCCAUGGCAGGAUCUUCAGGCACCAGUCUCACCACACAGUUUCGCAGAUAUCCAGUGAAAGAUGGCCGUGAUGGAAAGCCAUUGCCAUUUGUGUUGUGUGACACUAUGGGACUGGAGGAGCAGACAGGUGCAGGUCUGGAUAUUGAGGACAUCAGCAGCAUUCUUCAGGGUCUCAUACCAGAUCGAUAUCAAUUCAACCCCAUAGCAUCAUUUCAUCCUGAUGAGCAAAAGUCCUCCAGACCUUCAACUCUACAGGAGAGGAUCCACUGUGUGGUGUUUGUGAUAGACGCCACCAAAAUCUCCCUCAUGUCCAGCAAACUGGAGGACAAACUUGCAGCCAUACGCAAAAAAGUGAACUCGCUGGGUGUUCCUCAGAUUGUCUUGAUGACUAAAGUGGAUGAGGCGUGUCCUCUGGUGGAGGAGGAUCUUCAAAAGGUUUAUGUCAGUUCCUACAUUAAGUCAAAGGUACAGGAGGUCAGCUCUCGACUGGGUGUUCCUGUGUCUUGUGUGUUACCUGUGAAGAACUACAGUCAGGAGCUUGAACUGAACCUCAACUGUGAUCUUCUGCUUCUCACCGCUGUACAACAAAUGCUUCGCCUUGCAGAUGACUACUUUGAUGAUAUCAGUCCAACGGAGGACAAGCCAUGAUAAAUAACUACUAUAAAGUUUUUCUGAGUUCUUGCAGUUGAAAGCAGAUUUAUUUUCUUUGCAGCAUCUUUAGUAUUGGACAAUAGGUAUGUAUUUUUCUUGAACACUCUGUCUGUUCUGUCUCUUUUCUUAUUCAAAUCCAUUCAAGACAUUUGUGAGAAACGUUAAAAGUAUCAUCACUUAAGCAUCAUGUUACGUACAGAAUGAUAAUCGUAGUUGCUUUAUUAAGUUGCUUUUUAUAAACACAUGUAAUCACAGUCCUGGGUGCUGAUUGGUCAACAGCCAUCCCUCAUUCAUGUAUCACUGCACUUUUGUUUUGUUUGCUCUGCUGCAACAUUCGGGUGCAAUGUUUUCUAAUGAAUGUGUGACAUUUAAGGAACUGUAUGUAGGAUUGUGGCUAAAACUGGUACUGCAAUCACACAACUGGUGGCCAAUACACAACAUGACAACAUAAACAUCAGAUGAGGGCUGCAACUCCACUUUUUAAAUGACAAUAUCCUGGCCGGGCCACUGUUGUCAGUGAUAUAAGUAUUUGAAAUGAAAAUGAUUUCUCAAUGUCUAGUGACAUAUCAGGGCCAUUUUAUGAUUAAUUGAUAUAAAUUUCUUACAUACUGUUCCUUUAAAUGUUCCAAUAAAAUAAAAGAAAUGUAUGUCUUAAUAUUUGCGUGGCAACUAUUUUAUAACAAUGCACUGGAGGGGUGAGCCAUAUUGUGACGAUUUCAAAAAUAUUGCAGGUUCAGGAGAUUACUGUUUUAUUUUUGAUGGGAAGAACUUCCAAAGCAUCCACAGAAAAACUCAUUAAAUGUCCUUGCACGUUUGCUUUGAUUCAUCACUGUGCAGUCAGUGACCUUGCACCGUAGUAUUACAUUUUCUAAAAACACAACACAGAAAAUAAAUUACAAGUGUAACGGUUGUGAGAGACUCCUGCUGCUCCGGUAGAAACUGUAUCCUUGCCCCUGAGCGGAAAUUCU